AUUCGCGUCUUCGGGUUAUGUUGAUCCAGAACCAAUCCUGGAGGUACCCAGUACAUACAUAAGUCAAGCCACCGCACCAAAGAUGAGCCGUCGUUGGUCGUUCUCUACCGGGCCUCACGAUGCGUCAACAACUUUGGGCCGCAGUAGCCAUUGCUACUCUGUCAUCGAUUGUGUAUGCUCAAGCACCUCCUUCACCAGAUCAGUAUUGGAGGGUAUCGCCGCCCAUCGACUACUCCGACCCAAUCUACGCAGGCUGGCCACAACUCAAGGUCGACGCUGAAGUCCUAGUCUACAAGGGAACAGAGGUCAAUCGCACCUAUGCUCACCACCCUGAACUCUACCAUGACGGGAAACGAACGUUUCUGAUGUACUCGACGGCACCCAUAGACGAAGAUUCGAUCGGCCAGGACGCUUGGCUGUCAACAUCCACAGAUGGUGGCUUCACAUGGUCCAGAGGCUACUCCAUCUUACCAGACGCGCUGCUUCCCAAUCAGACAAGCCCGGCAAACUACACCUACUGGUGCGACAACCGCAUCUGGCAGCGAGCUCAUCAUCCCGUGGCAUGGGUUCCUAUCGACAAGAACACCUUGUACGCCGUAUCUCAGACAACUCUCCGCUACUGCUGGGGCGAUGACGCAAAGGGCACAAAAGCAGCGGGUCGAGUCGCUCGAGUUAUUGACAAAGCCGGAAAGCCAGUAGGCGAUCCAUGUUGGACUUCGCAAAACAACUGGACCGAAGUGGUUCGCUUCAACGAAACCGUGUACGGCAAAUAUGGAAUGAAGUUCUGCAAACAUGCCAAGCAGAUCGAGGCCUACCUCAAAGAGCCGCCGAAAGUACCAGCCUGGGGCACUUGGCUUUACCAGACGAAGCUCUUCGCCGCUGACGAGGUCCACGACAUGCAGGAACCGACGCACUCAGUCUGGUUCGGCAACAAACUCGGCGGCUACUGGGAGCGCUUCUGGCGGGAUAUCUCGGGUUCGGACAUCAUCAGCACGGCUGUCUGGGUCGAGCACACCAGCUCUCGUACAGGCGACGACUGGUAUCCGAAGGUGGAGAAACAGCAUGGUAACCAGAUUUUCAAGACCAACAUCCCGGAUGUGGGCAGCAAGCAGCAUCUGGGCCUUCUGCCGAACGGCGAUCGGUAUCUAGUGCACAACCCGAGAAACAAUACCGAGCGGUAUCGUCAGCCGCUCACCAUUGCUACAUCACGCGGAGGUAAUGGGUCAUACACCGCCAUCGGAGUGCUGAGAACGAACGCUAGUACGGUCAUUGCGCCGGACACGAGGAAGUUAAAGAGGCUGAUGUUCAGCUACCCUACGGCUAUCAUGGUGAACGGCAAGCUUGUAGUCGCCUACAGCGAGAACAAAGAGAACAUAUGGGUCAGUGUGGUAGAUCCAAAGAACCUGUUGUAAACUGCAGCUUCAGAGGCUGUGUUUCCACUCGUUAGCCAGUCACUAUACCAACGCUGAGCUUGCUCGUCGUGCCACUGUUGAUCUAGUCCGGCUGGACUCUUUUAGCUUGCAAAUCAACAGUAUUGGGGUCCAUAAGCCACGUACCACUUGUUGGCCACGCACAAGACCAUCUUCGCAGCUGAUCAUUCCAGAAAAUUUCCUGGUUCUUCAAAAACUCGACCCAAUCAGCUUGAGCCUGCGCCUGGGCCUGAUCGUGGUGGUCCUUUGUCUGUUGCUUCCUCUGGCGUCUUUGUCUUUUAGUCUCUUUGGGUCCUAUUACUCCUACAGUCUCUUGCCUGCCUGAUUCGACAUUCUCGAUCUGUUUCUUCGAUAAGACCACACAUCGCAGUCCGGUGUCUUG